CCGCCGCGGCAGCCCCGAGCGGGAGGCGGCGGAGGGAGGCGGGAGCCAUGCGGGAGUACAAGGUGGUGGUGCUGGGCUCGGGCGGCGUGGGCAAGUCCGCCCUUACCGUGCAGUUCGUGACCGGCUCCUUCAUCGAGAAGUAUGACCCCACCAUCGAGGACUUCUACCGCAAGGAGAUCGAGGUGGACUCGUCGCCGUCCGUGCUGGAGAUCCUGGACACGGCGGGCACCGAGCAGUUCGCCUCCAUGCGGGACCUCUACAUCAAGAACGGGCAGGGCUUCAUCCUGGUGUACAGCCUGGUGAACCAGCAGAGCUUCCAGGACAUCAAGCCCAUGCGGGACCAGAUCAUCCGCGUCAAGAGGUACGAGCGGGUGCCCAUGAUCCUGGUGGGCAACAAGGUGGACCUGGAGGGCGAGCGCGAGGUCUCCUUCGGGGAGGGCAAGGCGCUGGCCGAGGAGUGGAGCUGCCCCUUCAUGGAGACCUCGGCCAAAAACAAAGCCUCGGUGGACGAGCUGUUCGCCGAGAUCGUCAGGCAGAUGAACUACGCGGCGCAGCCCAACGGGGACGAGCCGUGCUGCGCCUCCUGCGCCAUCCUCUGAGCGCCGCGGCCCCGCUCGGCGAGCGCCUUCGGCGGCGACAGGAAUUCAUCGUGUUGGAAAUGUGGCUUUUCUCGGCGUGUACGUCUCGUCCAGUCUUGGUCAUGGCAUAUUUCCUGACAGUGUCGGCGGCGGGCGCGGGAGCAGCCGGUCCUGCCGCCCGGGGAGCGGAGCCACGCGGGGAGCCCGGCCCGGGACAGCCCCGGGACAGCGGCGGGGAGCGGGACCCGCAUCCCGGGACAGCCGCAGGGAGCGGGACCCGCAUCCCGGGACAGCCCCGGGACAGCACCCGGGGUACGGUGCGCACACCCCCAGGCUGCGGUGCGGUUCUGUCCCAGAUCCCCGGAGCGGUUCUGUGCCGCAUCCCCCCGGUGCGGUGCUGUCCCGGACCCCGGUGCGGUUCCGUCCCGGAUCCCCCGGUGCAGUGCUGUCCCGGACCCGGGUGCUGUCCCGCAUCCCCCCGGUGCUGUUCUGGAUCCCCGGUGCGGUUCUCACCCCACCCCCGGGUGCGGUGCUGUCCCGGAUCCCCCCGGGUGCGGUUCCGUCCCGGACUCCCGGAUGCGGUUCCAUCCCGGACCCCGGUGCGGUGCUGCCCCGGAUCCCCUGGGAUGCAGUGCUGUCCCGGACCCCGG